CAUCCGAAUAUCCUCAGUUUCUACGCCUCGUUCAGUGUGGAGCGGGAGCUGUGGGUGGUGAUGCGAUUUUUGAAUCGCCGAAGCCUGCGCCAAAUUCUGGACCAUCAAAUACAGACAAUAUGGCUGUGUAGACAUCCGAAUAUCCUCAAUUUCUACGCUUCGUUCAGUGUGGAGCGGGAGCUGUGGCUGGUGAUGCGAUUUUUGAAUCGCCGAAGCCUGCGCCAAAUUCUGGACCAUCAAAUACAGAUAAUGGAGGCCAGCACUGGUGGUAUCUCUCAAGGUGUCUUGAAUCAGUAUGUAAUUGCAACGUUAAUGCAAGAAAUUCUCAGCGGUUUGGAUUAUAUUCAUCGUAGCGGACAAAUGCAUCGUGACAUCAAGGAAACGACUGAGACCCCGUUUGGAACACCGUGCUAUAUGGCACCGGAAAUAGUCGAUCUGAAAGCGACGCGCACAAAAGGGUACAGCUGCAAAAUUGACAUUUGGAGUCUCGGUAUAACAGCAUUAGAAAUGGCUGUUGGCUAUCCACCAUAUCACAACAAAUCCGUCGAUUGGAUACUUCGCCGUAUUCGAACAGCUGAUCCGCCAACUCUAGAAACCAAUAAAACUGGCAAUUAUGAUGCAUACGGGAAGAAAUUCCGCCACUUCGUCUCCUCGUGCUUAAAAGCCAUUUUGUAUAACCAGAAAGAGGAAAAAGUGAAUGGAACUAGUUCUGCUGCUAUCUCUUAG